AUGGAUAAUCACCAAAAGAAGAAUCUAACUUUUCUAACCAUUGGACUGAUAUUUAUGCUGAGCGGCAUAGAGUACGCUGUCAUUCUCCCUACAAUAUGGCGGUAUCUCCAGAUUUUGGAGGCCCCUCCAUACUUCCUGGGUCUGGGUCUGUCUGCGUUCAGUCUGAGCGGGCUGCUCACGGGCCCGCUGUUUGGGUUCUGGUCAGACCGGAGCAAAACUACAAAGUCCAUCAUCUUGUUCUCCAAUAUUUUUGAGAUUGUCGGUAACUUCAUGUAUUUUCUUGGAUAUUCAAAGUGGCUGUUAUUGUGCAGUCGCCUUGUAGCAGGUGUCGGUGCAGGAGCGGGCUCCUCCAUCUUUGGUUUCCUGACUCGGAGCACCCAGCCAGAGGAGCGAGCCGGUAUCUUCGCAGCCAUCAUGGCCUGUCGACAAGCUGGUCUCCUUGUCGGGCCAGCGUUCAACCUGUUCCUGCGGCUGUGUGAUUUCAAACUGGGGCCCUUUGUUGUGAACAAGUAUACAUCUCCUGGGAUCUUCAUGUGCUUGCUGUGGGUACUGCUCCAGUUUGCUGUCCUGGCUAUGUACUGGGAUAUACCACCCAUCAGCUCCACAGAAGGGGGAGAGGUGUUGGUGGAGAUGAAACAGGAGGAGGUUGAGGAGGAGAUGCCGCUGAUGGGGUCCGACGAGGAGCCUGUGCACACCUACAGAGCUGUCAACUCCGACCUAGUGGAGACCUCCACCUCAUCUGAAAUGCAGCCUUUCCACGGCGCCUCAAAGGUCUCAAACCCCUUCAAAAACUUCAGCGCCAGCAGAGAGUUCCUGAGAGAAGAGGUGGUUGUACUCCUCACGGCUCAGUUCAUCACUCUCUUCAAUCAGACAGCGCUGGAGACCAUGGUGACCCCUCUGACGCAGCGAUACUUCAGCUUUAGUGAACUAGGCAACAGCCUGAUGUACAGCCUGUGUGGGGUGGAGGUCAUCCUGGGCUUCUUCUUUGUGCGCUGGCUGAGCAGGAGGGUGGCGGACCGCGCAGUGCUGGCAGUGGGCCUUGUCAUCUGCUGCACCGCCUGUAUCUGGUGCCUCAUCUUCCUCUGCAAACCCCGAGGUGGUUAUGGAUGGGAGCUGUCGGCCUUCAUCAUUGGAGUGUUUCUGCAGCUGUUAGGGCUUCCCUUUGUGGCCGUGUCUCAGGUGUCUCUCUUCUCCAAAGUCACUGCAGAGAAAACACAAGGAUUCAGCCAAGGCGUCAGACGGUCAGUUGGGGGGUUGGCCACCAUCUUGGGUCCUUUGUGGGCUGGAGGAUUGACCAAUAAUUUAUACAUAAUGCUGGGCAUGAUGCUAGCUCUGCUCAUAAUGAUCACAGUUAUGACGGUGCUGUCUUAUGACCGCCUGACUGAGCCCAGGGCAGUGCAGUGCGCCCGGAGCUCUGACAGUGGAGGAUAG